AAAUCUUCUUUCAAUCUCCUUCCGGCCACCGUCGCUCACUUCCCACUCUCUUAUAAAGGUCUAUAAAUAGGGAGGGCCAAACCACACAUUAUACUUCACAGCAAUCCUCUCUUACGUACAACCUUCAGAAACCAUUACUGUGCUUCCUUUGUAUUAAUAUUGUUCGGAAAAUUAUGGCGUCCUCAAGGACUUUUCUUCUUCUUGGCCUUGUCUUUGCUGUUCUCCUUCUCUCCUCUGAAAUCUCGGCUCAGAAAGAGGACAUCGUAGAAAAGGCCGGCGACCAAGUUCAGGACCAUGGGCAUGGACAUGACCACGGUCACGGAGGGUAUGGACAUGACCACGGUCACGGAGGGCAUGGAGGUCAUGGCCACGGCCAUGAUGGAAAACUGGGAGUUGGUGCUGCAGAGACUCAAACAAAGAAUUAGCUAACCUCCUUGCGUCUAUGUGUGUUGUAGGAGUCGUAUAAUCUGCAAUAAAGUUGUAUUGGUUGAGUAGUUUAUAAACUCUCAAUCAUAGAUAGACAGGCCUUGAAGCUUUAUCUUGUAUUCUCUUAAUCGAUCACCUUAGUAUGUGUUGGCGAUGCGCUUUAAUUUUCUCAAUAAAUAUUUGCAUAGUUAAAUA